AUGGGCAUCUUCGCCAAGGCAGGCCUGAAAUGGCUCCUGUCUUCACUCGUCUUCUCACAAGCGCAAGCAUUCUACAUUCCUGGCUGGUCGGUCAAGAGCUAUAAAGACAACGAACAAAUACCUUUGUUGGUGAACAAGGUCUACUCCGACAACACGCAGCUUCAAUACGCCUACUAUGAUCUGCCGUUCGUCUGUCCUCCUACUGGGAAGCACUCGGCCGGAGGACUGUUGAGUGGACAGAGCAUAUCAUUGAACCUCGGCGAGGUCUUGCGGGGCGACCGCAUCAUUACCUCGGACAUUGAUCUAACUGUUGGUCAAGACAGCGAGUGCAACUUUCUCUGCAACCAGGAGAUUAGCCGAAAGGAUCUCAAGAAGGCCAAGGAGCUGGUCAAGGAUGGGUACGUGGUCGAAUGGAUCGUUGAUAACCUUCCAGGCGCUACUAGCUUUGUCACUGUCGACAAGACCAAGAAGUACUAUGCUGCCGGCUUCAAGCUUGGCUAUGUUGAUUACACCUCAAGCAAGCCUCGCUACUAUUUGAACAACCACCACACGAUUGUCAUUCGGUGGCGAAAGGCCCCCGGCCGUGAUGGAGACCGCGGUGGCAAGGUUGUGGUCGGUUUCGAGGUCUACACCAAGAGCAUUGGAGAUGGAGACAAGCGAGAGGACGGAUGUCCGGCCGACCUUCACAACAUUGAUGAGCAUUUUGAGCUCUACAUUACCCCGAACAAGACGACAAACUUUGCUCAACAGUAUCCGGACUCUUCGUAUUAUCCCGAGGAUGAAGAAGCCGAUGACGAUGCCACGCUAUCAAUUCCAUACACGUAUUCCGUGUACUGGCGCGAGGACGACUCGGUUGAGUGGAAUAGGCGAUGGGAUUUGUACUUUGUAAACCAGGAAGAGGGUUCCAAGAUCCACUGGUUAGCCAUUGUCAACUCCUUGAUCAUUUGCGGUCUCUUGACUGGUGUUGUUCUCAUGAUUCUGGCCAAGACUAUUCGCACCGACAUCAAGGGCUACAAGGAGGCUUUGGCUGAGGACGGAAAAUUGCGCGUCAAGCGAGGUCGUAAAACAGGGCUUCUCUCUCCGCGCUUGGAAAAGGGUACCGGCCUGGGAUUGUUGGAUCCAGAGGGCAAGAUGGAAAUGGAGGAUGACCUCUCUUCCGAAGACGAAGGUCUCGAAGACGUUACUGGAUGGAAACUUCUCCAUGCCGAUGUGUUCCGCAAGCCUGCAUACGGAUAUAUUCUUGCUCCCCUCGUAGGAUCCGGCAUGCAGCUCCUGUUUAUGGCCAUUGGUUUGGUCUUGCUCAGCGCCUUCGGUAUCCUGAACCCGAGCUUCCGGGGUGGCUUCAUCAGCUCGGGUGUCGGUCUUUUUGUCUUUGCCGGUCUCUUCUCUGGCUAUUUUUCGGCCAGAGUCUACAAGAGCUUUGACGGACAGCACUUUGGCAAAAACUCACUCAUCACCGCCAUGCUGUUCCCUGGUCUGCUUUUUGGCCUCAUUUUCGUUCUGAACCUCUUCGUCUGGGCUCAGGCUUCAAGCACAGCUAUUCCCUUUGGCACUUUGGUCGCUAUCUUGUUGCUAUGGCUCUGCAUCCAGGUCCCUCUGGUAUAUGUAGGCUCAUGGUACGGCUAUGUCAAAGCGGGAGCAUGGGAACACCCUACCAAGACGAGUGCCAUUCCUCGACAGAUUCCCCAGCAGGCUUGGUACAUCAAGAGCCUUCAGGCAAUCUUGCUUUCUGGACUUAUCCCAUUCGCCGUCAUCUUCAUCGAGCUGCUCUUCGUCUUCCAGUCUAUGUGGCAAGAUAAGAGCGGAUACUAUUAUGUUUUCGGGUUCUUGGCUGUAGUGGUUGUCAUACUGGUUUUGACCAUUGCCGAAGUCACGGUUGUGACGGUCUAUGUUCAGCUUUGCUCCGAGAACUACCAUUGGUGGUGGCAGUCCUUCAUGGUUGGAGGUGGAAGCGCUGUGUGGAUCUUCUUGUACUGCGUGUGGUACUACUUUGCCAAGCUGCACAUCUCGGGCUUUGUCAGCUCCAUGCUGUUCUUCACCUACAGCUUCAUGGGCUGCUGCGUCUACGGCCUGCUCACUGGUACCGUCGGUUUCCUGACCGCGUACGCUUUUGUGAGGAGAAUUUAUGGGUAA